AUGGCGGAAGGGGUUCCCACCUACAACAAGGUCGCAGCGUCACGUCUAGCCUCGAGGUUUGGCAUGAAUGAAGUCAAAUAUCUGUACUUUACAACCUUGAAUCGAUACCUCCUUACCGAAGACUUAAAUUCCUGCUUUGUGGUGUGUCUGAUGUCUCCUGUCGCAACAAUUGCAGCACACAUUCCACCGCAUCCUGGUCCCGAAUAUAAGGAGCUAGACGCUGGUGAUCGCAACCUAAUUUCGAAGAUGAUGGAAUUCUCAACGCUAUAUCAGGCACAUAAACAAGACUUUUCAACGUAUAAGACUACUCUUGUCUAUGCAGCGUUAGAGGGCAAAGCGGUACUCCCCGACAAGAAAGCUUUUAUCGAGAGAUGCCUCAAGCAAUUCAAGGUCGACUUUCCGGUCCAAGACUACCACAUCAAACUAGGUGAUGCACCACGGCGUGCCGAACUUGGUACUUGCUUUGUUGAAGGGGGCACUGCUAUAGGUUCUGCCUUCUACGUGGAGGACAAAUUCAUCGUGAGAGUGUGGAGAGGCGAAGUCCUUCGGCCAGCAAUUGCCACUGCCAAUUCAGCCGAUCUCAUCUCCCGACCACCAGUUGAGGGUACUCCACAAGCAACUUAUUCCAUCUCACAAGAAGCAAGCUAUCCCCUUUCACAAAUAAGCAACACUACUUCGCAAGCAAUCUACUCAAAUCACAUCUUCCCUCGACCACAGAUCUCGAGGGUUCCAGCGGUUCCAGAAGCACCAUCUAUGCCGGAACAGUCACCGGCGUCGCAGAACCCAGUGUUGUCAAGAACCCCAACCAAUGUCUUCACUACUACACAACAAAACACUGGCCCCCGAAAGGAGAGCCCAGGCCCACAUGUGUAG